AUGCUGUCGCCCCUGUUUUCGAGACUCUGGAACGAGCCGCCGGUCGGCUCAUCUAAGAAGGAGGCCGACGCAACGUUCCAAAUUCUUUACACAUCCGAUGAUGAUGGAUUGCAAUCGCGCGACAUCACGGCACCUCCUGAGUGGUACAAGCUGAUCGCUGGGUUAACGACGUCCCAAAAACGCAGUCCUAAGACCGGGCAGCAGGUUUUGUUUGUCUGUGGACCAAAGUCAUCCGGCAAAUCCACAUUUUCACGGUUACUCGCCAAUAGAUUCGUCACCAAAGAUGUCGCGAAUGUAGGCAAGCAGCCUAAGAAGUGGACGACACCCAGUGUUGCUGUGCUGGACAUUGACCCCGGCCAGCCCGAGUUUGGUACGCCGGGCUCGUUGUCCCUGGUGCACGUCCAAGAGCCAAAUUUCACGCCUACAUUCUGCCAUCCAUAUGUCGCCGGCAGGGAUAGCCAUAGCGACAGACUACUUCGUGCUCACGAGCUGGCGUCUGUGUCGCCUGCAACAGACCCGGAGCACUACAUUGAGUGUGUGCUGGAUCUCUAUUCUUUCUACCACAGAGACUUGCGGAAUCGCUGCCCACUUGUCGUGAACACGCCGGGAUGGAUCCAGGGCACGGGGUUGGAAAUACUUACGGAAUUGAUCGAGAGGAUGCGGCCAUCAGAUGUCAUCUACAUGUCGCAAGAGGGCCCCGAAGACACGGUCGCGGGCUUAAGAUCUGCAUAUCAGGGCGUACCUCUCCUGGAGUUGCCGUCGCAGCCGGGCGACCUCAAAGUUCGAACUGCUGCACAUCUCAGGACGAUGCAGACCAUGUCAUACAUCCACCUCGACUCCUCCUCUCAACCUACCUCGGCAACGCUGCGAUCGCAAAAGGCCCAGAGCAACUCAUACGCUUCGUGGCUGGCCAGACCUCCGCCGGCCGAUCUCAUUGCAGAUGCAAUCAAUGGUACGGUUGUCUCCAUUGUGGCUAUCGAGAAUAUGGCCGCGUUCCGGACAGUCACGGAGGCCAGUGACCAAGGCUUGGAGAUGGAGGUCGACACGGACGAAAGAGGGGAGAUGGACCAUGAUGCUCCAGGCUCCGUCACUCGUCGCCUUCCGCCACUUGUGCGCUCACCGGAAGGCAUCCCUUACAUUCUGAAUCCGGACGACCGAAAGCUGGAUCCAUGCCAUUCCUACAAACUGGGCAUCGCUCUUGUGAGAGGGAUCAAUGCUCAAAAUAAAGAGCUUCAUUUGUUGACGCCGCUGCCUGCUAGCGAGAUAAUCGACGAGGUUAUGCAGCAGGAUGGCGUCGGAAUUGUCCUUGUCUCGGGAAAGUUCGACUCGCCAACAUGGGCUUACACGGAGGAUCUUGUCUUGCAAAAUGCCAACAAGGAAUUUACGGGCAUAGUCGAUGGGCGUGACGACGUGGCUGAGGAUGAUUCAGACGGAGACGAUUCGGAGGCUGUAGCUGAUGGUGCGGCCAUGGAGAGCGAGGCCACUUCCCGUGGAAUAUGGCCACCAUCCGAGAUACCCUGGGUCGAGGCCCUACAAGGUGGACAAAAACGAGACAUCGGUUCCCGUGUAUGGCGCGUGAGGCGCGACCUUGGCCGUAACGCAGGCACUUCAAACGGCGGCGCCGAAUAA